CAGUCAGGCGAGUACCGUUCUCCUGGCAACCGCCAAACCCAGACACGUCCAUUGGAUUGCCAGACAGAGAAGCCCGAUUCAUCACUCCAGAAAACACGUCUCCACUGCUCUAGAGUCCAGUGUUGGCAUCUUCUGCGCACUGUGCUGAUGUUCCCAGUUGCUUCCACUUUGUUAUAAUACCACUAACAGUUGACUGUGGAAUAUUUAGUAGGAAGGAAAUUUCAAGGAUGGACUUAUUGCACAAGUGACAACCUAACAUGGUACCAUGCUUGAAUUCACUGAGCUCCUGAGAGCGACCCAUUCUUUCACAAAUGUUUGUAGAAGCAGUCUGCAUGUCUAG